AUGUUUCGGAAGACGUUGUUGUUUCUAUUUGAGAAGGAUGGGCCCACGAGCAUACGGCGGGCUGUGAUGGCGAAAGCACGGCCCCACAUAGGUUCGGGAAGCACCAGCAACGCAACUAGCAGCAUAGGCGGCGGCGCCUCGACUAGCUUUAUGAGAGGCGAUGUCCUGCCGCGUCGUAAUGGCUUCAUAGGGGGUGAACCCCGCUCCAUCAUAGACAGAAUCAGUUCCCCUAACGGUUCUGGUGCAUCAUCCACUUCAUCACGUCGUAGCGCUUUACCGCCUUCAGAGAGGGAGGAGGGCAAAGCGAGCGGUGACGCAUCGGAUGACAACUAUAAAUUUCUCUUGAGUCACAUUGACUCGAAGAUCGCCGCGUUAAAGCGAAGGGUUCCGGCGGUGUUGGAUCAGCGUAAGAACGCGGAAGGUAGUCAAAACCGUCGUAUUCGCGACCUCUUCGAGUGUAUUGAACGGCCGUGGCUUCUGUUAGCUUCCAUUCCACCUCCACAACUACCAAAUAAGGCCCUCGAUGUGUUUGCGAAAGAAUUUUACACACGUCAGAAUGGAACCAGUACUAGUGGUUGGGAGGAGGACGCUAUCUUUUUGUCAACUUGCAAACGUAACUGGCGUGUGCUGACGACCCUCCAGCGGAAGCCUUACGAGAUCGCGGCACGGCGUAACGAGCAGACACGAAAAGAGUUAAAGAAAAAGAUGAGUAACGGCUGUAGCUACUUUGAGAAGUUGUGCGAGCAGACGAAAGAAUGGACAGCGGAGAUGGUGCGGGACGAAAUGCGAAAGGCGGUUUCCGCUAAAACGCGUAGUUCACCUGUAGUCAGUAAAAGUAGGGCUAGUUCGGUAGCCAAGAAGCCGGUGGCAAGACGGCAAGGAGCGAACAAAACAGAGCCCAAAGCUGCAGCAUCAAAGAAGGAGGAUAAGAUUGUAGAGGUCCUGAAAUUUGAACCGGUUGCGAAGAAGGAGCCUAAAGGGGCCGCUGGUCGCGCCGCGCGUGAACGGCCGCUAAAGGGACAAGUUAAAAAGACCGCUAAGGGGAAGGCACCGGUUGUAGCGAAGAAAGGAAAAACCUCCCCACGCCCUGUAGCAGCGAAACUAAAGAAAGUAAAAAAGAAAUGA